AUGCUUUCUGGCUCUUCUCUCUACCUCGGUCUUGGCAGCAGCCGCUGCAGCAGCAACAGCAAGCGGCGGGCAGGGGGGCAGCGGGGAGAGAGGCGCACGGGGAGGUGCGGGGCAGAGGUGCAGCUCGAGUAGGACGGGCCCCCAGCCCCGCACAGAUGCAGUGCCCAACUUGAUGCCACCCUCCAGCUUCUCUGGAUUGAAGAGGGGAUGGCUGCGGCCACUACUCCAAAGCAAGCCUGGCCCCCGUGGCCUCCCAUCUUUUUCCUGCUCCUCCUGUCUGGGGGGAGCAGCAGCAGCUGCCCUGCUGUGUGUGACUGCACCUCCCAACCCCGGGCAGUGCUCUGUGCCCACCGGCGACUGGAGGCUGUACCAGGGGGACUCCCGCUGGACACUGAGCUCCUGGACCUGAGUGGGAACCGCCUAUGGGGGCUUCAGCGGGGAAUGCUCUCCCGCCUGGGCCUGCUCCGGGAACUGGACCUCAGCUACAACCAGCUGUCCACCCUCGAGCCAGGGGCCUUCCAUGGUCUGCAGAGCCUGCUCACCCUGAGGCUGCAGGGCAACCGUCUGCGAAUCGUGGGCCCCAGGGUCUUCUCAGGCCUGUCUUCCCUCACGCUGCUGGACAUUCGCCUCAACCAGAUUGUCCUCUUCCUCGAUGGAGCUUUCGGGGGGCUAGGCAGCCUCCAGCAGCUGGAGGUUGGGGACAACCACCUGGUGUUUGUGGCUCCGGGAGCCUUUGCUGGACUGGCCAAGCUGAGCACCCUCACCCUGGAGCGCUGCAACCUCAGCACCGUGCCUGGCCCGGCCCUGGCCCGCCUCCCAACACUAGGGGUCCUAAGGCUCCGAGAAUUAGAUAUUGGGAGGCUGCCGGGAGGGGCGCUGCAAGGGCUGGGGCAGCUAAAGGAGCUGGAGAUCCAUCAUUGGCCAUCUCUGGAGGCUCUGGAGCCUGGGAGCCUGACUGGGCUCAAUCUCAGCAGCUUGGCCAUCACCCGCUGCAAUCUGAGCUCGGUGCCCUUCCAAGCGCUGUACCACCUGAGCUUCCUCAGGGUCCUGGAUCUGUCUCAGAACCCCAUCUCUGCCAUCCCGGCCCGGAGGCUCAGCCCCCUGGUGCGGCUCCAGGAGCUCCGACUGUCAGGGGCAUGCCUCACCUCCAUCGCUGCCCACGCCUUCCAUGGUUUGACUGCCUUCCACCUCCUAGACGUGGCGGAUAACGCCCUUCAGACACUGGAGGAAACAGCCUUCUCUUCUCCAGACAAACUGGUCACCCUGAGGCUGUCUGGUAACCCCCUGACCUGUGACUGCCGCCUCGUCUGGCUGCUCCGGCUCCGCCGCCGCCUGGACUUUGGCACAUCCCCCCCUGCCUGUGCCGGCCCACAGAACGUCCAGGGGAAGAGCCUGAGGGAGUUUUCAGACAUCCUACCUCCAGGGCACUUCACUUGCCAACCAGCCCUGAUCCGAAAGUCCGGGCCACGAUGGGUCAUUGCAGAGGAGGGGGGGCAUGCCGUUUUCUCCUGCUCUGGAGAUGGAGACCCAGCCCCCGUCGUCUCCUGGAUGAGGCCUCAGGGGGCUUGGCUGGGAAGGGCUGGGAGAGUAAGGGUCCUGGAGGAUGGGACGCUGGAGAUCCGCUCUGUGCAGCUACGGGAUAGAGGGGCCUAUGUCUGUGUGGUCAGCAAUGUAGCUGGGAAUGACUCCCUGAGGACCUGGCUGGAAGUAAUCCAAGUUGAACCACCAAAUAGCACUCUCUCUGACCCCAACAUCACCAUGCCAGGGAUCCCAGGGCCUUUCUUCCUGGAUAGCAGAGGCAUAGCUAUGGUGCUGGCAGUCGGCUUCCUCCCCUUCCUCACCUCGGUAACCCUGUGCUUUGGCCUCAUUGCCCUCUGGAGCAAAGGCAAAGGCCGGGUCAAACAUCACAUGACCUUUGACUUUGUGGCACCCCGAACCUCUGGGGAUAAGAACUCUGGGGGUAACCGGGUCACUGCCAAGCUCUUCUGACCUUUCCUUCCACACUGGGGACCCAUCCAAGCCAGCUUCAGAUACCAAAGGGGAAGAGAACCAAGGCUGCCUGGACCAGAAGCUAGUCCCAAACAGCA